AUGGAAGCUCGGCGCGAGGAGAGUCGGCCCAGGGUGCGGUGGAGGAGCUGCGGCGAGCCCCAGGUCAUAUGCGGCUCUACCCAGGUUGUGGUUGUGGCGGGGGAGGGGUGGCUAUCACCUGGCUAUGUCACCGAGCUCCCGCCACGCUUCUGGAAGGCCGCGAGAGUGAGAUGUCACGUGCCCCUGCCAGCACAGGCCGAUGAGGGACGAUGUGAAGAUGCGCGACUCGUUGUGCAAGAGGUUGUUCCAGCCCCACGCCGCCGCCGCCGCCACCACGACUAUCGCCCGCGACAUCGACGGCCAGGCGCGUCUCCUCUUUCCUGUCCACACCGCAACCUCAACCUCAACCUCAACCCCAACAUCGCACUCGUCGCCGCCGCCGCCAUGUCGCGAGGAAAGAAAAAGGGCAAGAGCAAGAGCAAUGCCAAAGGCGGCUCGGCCAAGAGCACGCCCCAUCGCGCGCCUGCCAAACGCCACUCACUCCGCGACGAGGCAAUCGCGCCCAAGUUCUCCCUCAAAGACGAAGCCCGCUGGAUGUCCAGCCACCGCACCACUGCCUUUGAAGCCGGCAACAAGUUACGCAACAUGCCCAUCCAGUUCGUCAGCGCUGGCCACCUCCAAGGCACGCUGAAGGAGCCGUCCCAGGCCGAGCCUGCCACGCCUGAGUCGCCCGCUUCCAUGCCUGACAAUGCAGAAGCCAUGGCGCACAUGGCCAUUCGCAGCCCGUCGCCUGUGCCCUCGGAGGCCUCGUCUUCGAGCGCCGACGAGGUCCUUUUCAGAGGCCGUGCUGCUCAGCCUGCGGCUGCACCCUCUACCAAUACCCCGCACAACCCUACUCCUGCGCCCUUGGUUCCAUCUUCACACCCCGCGACGGCCUCUACUACUGAACAGCCUACACUGCCAACAGAGACGGCAGAAGCUCAAGCACCAGCUGAGCCAGGAUCGGAUGCCGACCAAGUAGACCAACGUCAGUUCGCCAAGCGGAGACGGGGCAGGCCUGCGUGGGAGGGCACCACUCCCGAGUGGGAACAUAGGAGCAAGCCGAAUAUCGGAUGGCUGCCUGCUGCAGAGCGCCCGAAUACGCAUGCCGACUCUCGCGAUGCAGCGCUAGACGACUCCAUGCAGAAUGUCGAGGACUUUGGCUUUACCGAAGAUCUGCUGGCAGCGUCUGCGUUUGCCCAUCGCGAAAUGGAUCUAGAUGCCGGCAACCACAACGACUGGGAGCCAGCAUCUGCCAUUGAAGGUGCGGGGCAAAAUGGUAAAGACAGUGCAGGCUGGGAUUCGGAUUUGCUGCACGAUUUCGACGACCUGAGUACUUCUUCAGACGUCGUUGACACUAUUGUACAAAUCCUGUCAAAGCGGACUCGUAAAUCCGGCCUACAUUAUCUUUGUGUCUACGAGGGUUCCGUGGCGGAUGACGCCCGGUGGUUGCCAGCUACGUUUCUAAAGAAACCCGCUGAGAAGCGGAUGAUUCAAGUCUUUGAGGACGAGGCUUUUGAGCGCGAACAGCAAAUGCUUACUAGCAGCGAUUCUGCCGACGAGUACGAAGAUGUGGACGAGGAAGACGAUGACGAUGACGAUGACGAAGACGACGACGAAGACGCGUAUGCUGAUGAAUUGGACGAUGAGACUAUUGCCAGGGUCCUGCAGAAACAAGAAGAGCUCGGAUUAGGCGCCGAUGAACUGCUUCUCUAUGGUGGUGAUGAUUUCUUCGGUGCACCGAGCCGCAGCAAGGACGCAUCCUUUGGCGGUUACGGCAGGUCAAACAAGAAGCGACAGAAUCGGGUACGCAGCAACAGGGAGCCAUCUUUCCCCUCGGCAUCUGCAAUGGUUGCAGCACUCGAAAUGGAUCCGUAUGGCGCCUUCGAUAUUAUGGAUACCGAACGACCUUCUCUGAAGCCCAAGAAGAAGGGCCGACGUGGCCAACCACCGCCGGAGCUGGAUGAUUCUGAUUUGAAUGAGCAGCUUCAAAACGCUUGGGCGGCUGAUAGGGCAAAGAAGCGCCUCAAGAAGGCUGAGCGUGAGGAGCUACGUCAGCAAGGCUUACUGGGCAGGAAGGGCAAGAGCCCCAGCCUCAAGGUCAAGUACCAGGGUGGCAUUGACAUGGAAGACAUUGUCGAAGAAUUGCGCGAGUUUAUGGUGGGAGACAUGCACACACUCUCGCUUCCUCCCAUGGAGGCUUAUCGCCGCGCCACUGUUCAUCAAGUUGCUGCUUUCUUCGACCUAAGCUCUCGCUCCCGUGGCGAUGGCAUGAACAGGUUCACCGUCCUUUCCAAGACCAACCGCACUCGCACCUACACCGACGACGAGUUUGGCAUUGCCAUCCAAAAGAAAGGCUUCCAGCAACGCCUGCGCGGUCCUCUCUACUCUCAGGGCGGUGGCGGACGUCCAGGCAAAUUCUCCACCGUCAAGCAUAAGCAAGGCGGCGUGCGCAGCCGGCCCCAACUAGGCUACAAAGACGGCGAGACAGUCGGCGCAAAUGCCCCCGAACUGGGUCCAGAGAACAAAGGCCACGCGCUGAUGAUGAAGAUGGGCUGGUCCACGGGCACCGCGCUCGGCGCCACCGACAACAAGGGCAUCUUGAAGCCCAUUCCCCACACGGUCAAGACAAACAAGGCCGGCUUGCAGUAG